UUGGGUCUCUCGAAUUUUAUCAUUCAAUCUUUGAAAUUUCAACCGGUAACAUCAGAGCCUAAAUCUUAUAGUAAAAUUAUCAGCUUAAAUUCCAAAUUUUUCUAGCAAAUAGUGACAAUUCAUAGCAGCGCAUUUUGUCCAACAAAUCAAAAGUUUUUUUUAUAAAAGAGUCAUGCGGCGUUCAACUUAUCCACUGAUUUCCUGCCGCAUUGUGCGUCACCGUUUUCACGGCUUGUUCGAUUUUCGAAGGACCAAAACCUACAAUGCGUGGGGCCAGAACGAAAGUGGCAGCAGCGAGCGUCCCGAAACGAAGACUCCCAGAAACGAAACCCCAAGAGCCAGUGCCACGUCGACGGUGAUGAGCGAUGCGGCGUCCUAUUCGCGUGGCGCGAACACGGGUGCCCUGGAGCGUCGCAUCAAUCGAGAGGACAAUAUGUGGCGUGAUCGCAGUUACAUCGACACCAAAUGGCUGAAUCCCCGCGAUCCCUCGGCCUAUCGUCCGAAUUUCCGUCAAACCGAGCCGAUGUCGCUGCGGAAGCAGUUUAUGCGCAGUCCGGAUGAAAUAUCCCGCGAGGUGAUGGGUCGCGAUUGGGAGGAAACGGUCAAGUCCUUGAAGCGGAAUGCCACACCCUUGGCCGCGGUGGGAACGUUGCGUAACGAGUCGCAAAAGAUAGCGGAGGCCACGUGCAAUCGCCAGCAGCACUUGCAACUGAUGCAAAUGCAACAGGAUCAGCAGAAGCAGCAACAGCAGCAGCGAAAAUCGAAAAAGCAACAGAGCCAGCCGAAUUAUUGGGGAACGAGGAACCUUGAACCCCCCAAGGAUCAAUGAGCAUCUCGAUAACAAUUCCAUAGAAGAACAGAUUCCCCCGAUAUAUCAUUCAUAUCUUCCGGUCAAGCAGAGUCGAGCUAAUUUGACUGUUAUCUGAUUCCGUCAUAAUCGACAAUUGUUAAUUUCGUUAAGAUGUUCAACGCGAAAAUGUGAUCAAUCACAUCAUUAUUUUUUGCGAAUCUAUUAUGUAGAUCGAAUCAAAAUGAGUUGGGAUAUUGAAAUGAUGGUGAUGAUGGUAAUGAACCCUUAAAUUAAAUUUGGAGCAGCAUGUAUGCAACACACAAAUAAAAAUGAAUUUUUCUUAAAAAA